UGGUUGUUUGCCCCCUUUCUCGGGAUGUAUUAACUGAUGUACAUGAUAUUAAACAUUCCUUUGGUAUAUGGGCAAGGUUGCAAUCUCGUUUUAUGUCUGCCAGUUUGUCUAGAGCUAUGGAACUCAAACGUUUGUUGAACAAUACCAAAAAGAAACCAAAUCAGUCUAUGGAACACUUUUUACGUGAUAUUAAAAAUCUGGCUGAUGCAUUAGCUACGAUAAAUUCUCGUGUGACUAAUACAGAAUUACUUGAAAGCACACUUAGUGGAUUGGGGCCUGAGUAUCAAUUUAUUACGGGUACUAUAUCAUUAUUUCCUGAGAGUUUUCCACCCGACAUUCUCCACCCACGUCUCAUGAAAGCCGAGCAACAAGUUCUACACAUGCCGCAGGAUGCUUCCUCUCUGCAGUCGGCUUUUGGAGCACAUGAGGGUCACGGCCAGCCCCACAAUCCACCUGGACAUCAACCUGACAAUGGCGCAUACCGCGGCAGAGGUGGCAGAGGCAGAGCAGGCCGUGGAAAGGGCCGAUUCCAACAUCAGCAGACCUACGGCCAGCAGGGGUAUCCACAGCAGCAGCCAGGCAAUCUGCCCGCACCCCAGCCUUUGGCCGCAGGGGGUGUGUAUAAUCUGAGGCCCAAUAAUGCUCCAUCCGGUAAAUCUGUCUUGUCCAUUUAUAAUAUUAAUGCUAAAUCUACUUUUGGCACUCACUUUCAUUAUGCAGGUUUCUCAUCAGCUGAGGGUGUUCUUGGGUCAGUUCCUCUCUCGGUUGUGUGUCAAAUUUGUUUUUCUGCAGGUCAUUCCGCCUUACACUGUCCGUCUCGCUUCUCACAGCCAUCUGCACCUGCCUUGGUUGCUUCGUCUGGGGAAACUAAUGAUGCUUUGUGGUAUCCAUAUUCCGGAGCUUCUGCUCACAUGACAUCAUCUGAAGGACAAACUUUCGGGGACAGUUCUUCUUCAGGCGCGUCAUAAU